AUGUCGGAAAAUAAGGAGAAAGUCGCCGAGAGAUAUAAGAGUUAUAGCCACAGCCGCCUUCUGCUCAACCAGCUGGCACAGCUUCGUAACGACUCUUUGCUAUGUGAUGUGACUCUGGUCGUACAGGGAGCACGUUUCAACGCUCAUAGAAAUGUACUCGCUGCAUGCUCAGAUUAUUUCAAAGCCAUGUUUACAAACGAUAUGGCUGAAAAACACCUGCGUAUGUUCAUGAAGUCCGAUAUAUGCUUGGCAAAUCCUUUCAAAUAG